AAUUUUUAAUUUUAAAUUUGUGAAAUAUUUAUUUAGUGAUAAAUCUAACAAAAGAAAUAGUAACAGUGUAGGAAAUGUUAAUUGGCUAGGUUAAAUACAAAUUAUCUAUAUAUAUUUUGUGAAACGACUCUAAAGUUGGAAUACUGCUUUUAAAUAUCACAAAUUACAAUGAAGUCAUUAAAACCACUAUGGAGUCUGGGAAGACGAAGAGUAAGCACUUGGUCACCUCUCGCAACCGCAUUUAACACGAGGCCAACAAGUAGACCUAUAUUCGAAUCCUUGAGAGAGCGAACUGGUCUGUUCAACAAGCCAGAGCUAACAAGUUUCGAAGGCUUCUACACACUCAGAGAUGAAGCUAUAGCGGCCACAGACAGGCUCAUAGAGGAGGCUACUACCAACCCGACUCGUCCCAUGGUUGAGAUUUUCGAUGAGCUCUCGGACACGUUAUGUAAAGUUGCAGACUUAGCAGAAUUUGUUAGGAUUGCUCAUCCCCAACCACACUUUGCAGCGGCCGCUGAGGAAGCGUGUAUAAGUAUUAGCGGUGUGGUAGAAAAACUGAAUACUCACAAAGGGUUAUAUGAAGCCCUGCGUGAUUCUGUCACUAAAGGCACAUCGGGUGACAAACAUUUGGCGGAACUGUUUCUGUUUGAUUUUGAACAAAGUGGGAUUCAGCUGGAGGAGGAGAAACGCCAGGAAGUGGUCGCGCUCAAUGACCUCAUACUGCAGUCUGGACAGCAGUUCAUGGCCGGAGCUGCCAAGCCACGGAGAGUCCCCCGAGCUGCAGUCCCACAGAAUGUCCGACAAUUUUUCAGCGGCGACGGCUCCCACGUGAUAGUGAGCGGGGUGUACGCGGAGUGCGGGGAGGGGGCGGCGCGCGAGGCCGCCUACCGCCUCUACCUCGCACCCGACGACAGACAGGAGCGCCUGCUGACCGCCACGCUAGCGGCGCGCGCCCGCCUGGCGGGGCUGUGCGGGUUCGACACGUACGCGGACCGGGCAAUAAAGGCGAGUACAAUGGAGACGGCGACCAACGUGCAGCGGUUCCUGGACCGUCUGGCGGACAACCUGCACGACCGCGCCCGGGCCGACUUCGACGCCAUGCUGCAGAUGAAGAGGAAGGAGACUCCUUAUCAGGACGCGCUAAUGUGCUGGGACACGCCGUACUUCACGCACAAGGCUCGGGCGUCGCUGCUGGGGGCGGCGGCGUCGGAGCACGCGCCCUACUUUAGCCUCGGCGCCUGCAUGGAGGGACUCAACAUGAUCUGCCAGGAGCUAUACGACAUCACCCUACAAUCUGAGGAAAUGUUGCCAGGCGAGUCAUGGGCACCCGAUGUGUACAAGCUGGGCGUGGUGCACGCGCGCGAGGGGCCGCUCGGCCACAUCUACUGCGACCUGUACGAGCGGCCCGGCAAGCCGCACCAGGACUGCCACUUCACCAUCCGCGGUGGCAAGCUGCUGCCGGACGGCACUUACCAGAACCCCAUCGUGGUGAUAAUGUUAUCCCUGAGCGGCGGUCACCGCAGCGGACCGGCGCUGCUGAGCGCGGGCGCUGUCGACAACCUGUUCCACGAGUGCGGGCACGCGCUGCACAGCAUGCUGGGGCGGGCGCGGCACCAGCACGUGGCCGGCACGCGCACCGCCACCGACCUCGCCGAGCUGCCCAGCGUGCUCAUGGAGUACUUCGCCGCCAGUCCGCAGGUGGUGCGGCGCUUCGCCCGGCACUUUCAGACGGGGGAGGCGAUGCCGGAGGACAUGCUGCAGCGGCUCUGCGCCUCCAAGUACCUGUUCGGCGCCAGCGAGAUGCAGCUACAGGUGUUCUACUCGGCCCUGGACCAACACUACCACGGCGCGGAGGGCGCGGGAGGGCGAUCCACGACUGAAAUCCUCAAGGACGUGCAGAAACAGUACUACGGCCUGCCGUACGUUGAGAACACGGCGUGGCAGCACCGCUUCAGCCACCUGAUCGGCUACGGCGCGAAGUACUACUCGUACCUGAUAUCGCGCGCGCUGGCCUCGUGCGCGUGGCGGCAGUUCGCGCCGCGCCCGCUCGCCGCCGCGCCCGGACACCGCCUGCGGGACAGACUGCUGAGACACGGCGGCGCUCGACCGCCCCGGGAGCUCCUUCAAGACUACCUCGACAUGGAGAUAACUCCGGAGACGAUGGCCAACGCGCUCACGGAGGAGUUGGACUACCAGAAAGACCAGCUCGAUACCAUAUUCAAAGUGGCAGCCAAACGAUGACUGUAAUGUAAAGUAUGAAUGUGUGAAACAUAUCAAUUGAAAUGUUUUGAGUGCGAAUAGAAAGCAGUCUUCCAAAAUUGACGAAUUGUGUUAUUUAUAAAAAUGUACGCGCGCGUUGAUUGUUAAUCUGAAAAUAUGUUAUGAAUUAAAACUUCUUAGUGAUAAUAGUAUUAAAAUGUA